AUGGCGAAACUGGCUAGAACUAAAUUAUUAAAUUUUGUCGAUGUUCCUGUCUCAGGCAGUACUAUCGGUGCUCAAAAAGGUACAUUGACAUUUAUGGUUGCUGGUCAACCAAAUGAUUUAAUAGCUGUGGAACCUAUUCUUGGUAAAAUGGGCAAAAGUAUUGUCCAUGCUGGUGCAAAUGGCAGUGGUUUAGCGGCUAAAAUUUUCAACAAUCUUCUCGCAGUUAUUAGACUUGGCCUCAAUAAAGUUGUAUUAGCCAAACUGAUAAAUUCUUCAAGUGAUCAAUUUUGGUCAAGUCAAACAUAUAAUCCGUGUCCGGGCGUUGUUGUCAACGUGCCAUCUAGUAACGACUACAAUGAUGGUUUUGCUAGUGAACUGAUGAAUAAAGAUCUAUUACUUGCUCUUGAUGCUGCAAAACAAGCUAAAGCUUCAAUUCCAUUAACAAAAAAAGCUACUGAAAUCUAUAAUCAACUUUGCUCAAAUGGACUGCAUAAAAGAAAUUUCAGUGUUACCUUUAAAUAUCUCAAUGAACAAUGA